AUGUCCACGCAGAACGAGACAGCGAAACUUUUCAAGAGCUUGCACAAGCCUGGCUCCCCUAUCGUGCUUACAAAUGUGUGGGAUGCCAUCUCUGCCCGCGCUGUUGCCGCCAUCCCUGCCACAAAAGCCCUCGCUACAGCAAGCGCAGCCGUUGCCGCCGCAGCUGGAAUCGACGACGACGAUUUAACCCUCGAUAUUAACCUCCGCGCCAUAGCAGCCAUUGCAAAAGUCGCAAAGGAAUUCAACAAACCGCUGACCGCAGACUUUCAAGAUGGAUUUGGCGAGCAACUUGAAGAUGGAGUAAGACAGAUUAUCCGCAUGGGUGUUGUCGGCAUCAAUCUCGAGGAUCUGGGCAGAGAGAAGGGAGGCUUGUAUACCAUCGAAGAAGCACAGGAGCGUGUGAGAAGAGUCAUGGCGGUUGCGAGGGAGGAAGGUGUUCCUGAUUUUGUUGUUAAUGCACGUAGUGAUUCAUACUUUGCGGGUCAUGGUCUUGACGAUGCGAUUACGCGUGGCAAGGCGUAUCUUAAGGCUGGCGCGUCGAAUGUGUUUAUCUGGGGUGGGCCGACGAGGGAGGGUUGGAGGAGGGACGAGGUGGUCAAGGCGUGCAAGGAGCUGGAUGGGAGAUUGAACGUCAUUUUGGUCACUAUGAAGCCAGGAGGGUUGAGCGUGGGGGAGUUGGGUGAGAUCGGGGUGAGUAGGAUUAGUGUGGGGCCUGGGUUCAUGAAGAGGACGAUGAAGGCUAUGGAAGAAGAGGCGAGGACGAUUUUGGAAGGCGAGGGAGAGUGA